AUGGCACAGCAGAGCGAUUUGGAGAAAUCCGACGCGAUGGAUUCGUUACUCAAGGAAAUAGACCAAGGGAUCACACAUACCGAUGUGAGCGAUACGUUUGACAUCACUGAAGAUGCGACGCAUAUCAUGGAAGAGCUGGGAAAUGCGCCUCUGGAAACAGCAUGGGUCAGACACACCUACAACAACCCAAAGCCUGUCGUUUCCAAAAGAUUGAUCUCGAACGAUGGAUCUGAGAUAUCGGUGGAUGAGAACCACCACCAGGACCCCAAUUACGAUCCAGACCACCCAGAAUCCGAAGCUCUAACAAACGUCGAACUUAAAGAAAAUAUGGUCACCGAUAUUGGGGAACGUCUUUCCCAUUUGUUGGACGAAAAGAAAAACAGCAACCCCAACGUUCCUAUCCUUAAAGACAUGUUGACAGAGGCAGACGAGAGGGCAAUGGAUGCAAACUCUAUCGACAGAAAUACCGGGGUCGAUCAAGAAAAACUGGUUUUCCAAAUCGAAUCAACAAAACCUCUGUUUCCUUCAAAAGAAUCCCCUUCUUCCGAAUUGAUCGAAGUGGAAGUGGCCCCAACUAACACGCAAGAUGCACAAGACACGGAAAUUGAAGACUUAGGAUCCACAUCUAAAAUCCCAAUUACCCCAAAUGUCCCUAUUAACAGAUUCAUUAGUGAUCAACCGCAAGUAAGAAACUCAUCUGGUUCCUCAAUUGACACCAUUGAAGAAGAACUCGACACCUACAGUUUGGAUGCCAAGUAUCAGCUUCUGAAAUCUACCGAGAACGUGCCUCAAUUGCCUCAAUUGCCAACACUCUCGUUGCAGGAUUUCAAAUCUGUCAGUAAUCAAAACAUAAAUGCUUCCAGAGUAUUCAGUACCGCAACAACAAACGACAAUUACCAAUCUGCCAGAGAGUUCGAUUUAGUUUCAAAUACAGAACAUGAGGAUCUGUCUGAUGAAAGAUCAAUAGAAGAUUUAGAGAUUCCAGAUAGCUCAACACUUCCUAAUUCAAACACUUUCUCUUUAGAGCCAGAAUACAUCAUCACAUCGCGCUCAAUGGAGACUGUGAAACAAGAAGAUGUCGCUGGUAAACAGAGUAAGGACGAAGACAAUGGUGACUUAGUUAGCGACAACGACAUGGAAAACUCUGUCAAACCUGACAGCGGUGAUGACGAAACGAUUGAUUCAGCUCUCGAUGAGACUAUCCAGCCCAUCAAUAACACAUCUUUGGUCGGAAUACCUGAAGAACAGAAAGAAGAUGGACAGGAAGACUCAAUUACGCACCAUCCCGAGUUCUAUUAUGAAUAUGAAUGCGACACCUCAAACACAUCAGAUAGCUUCGUUAAUGAGCAUGUCACCAUAGAUCUACCUCCUUUGCCAACAUCAAGAGGCCUUUCAACGAUGUUCGACGAUGACCUAUUCAAUGACCAAGAAAACUCUAAUGAUUCAUUUAAUUUGACAUCAGCCUGUGAAAAGGAUGACUAUUUGUUAAUCUGGCAUUCACAGCACUCAGUAUCAAAUCAAGUAUCCCCAGCGAUUAGUGCUAACUCUCAAUUUAGCGAACAAUCCAAAAUAUCUUCUGCACCAUCAAAUUACAGUUCGGGCAGUUUCAAAUUCAAGUCAAGAGUUAUUUCUAACUCGCAUAUACACCACCAAGAAGCAUUUAGACAAGUAAGCGACGAAUAUAUUUUAAAUGGACUGAACGACAGUAAAUUGGAUCCAUUAAGAAGAAAUACUAUAAUAUCAAAACGCAUCCAACAGGAACUGAAAACACAACAUCGUUUAUAUCCAUUCGCUAAUAGAGUAUGCUCUGAUGAGACCACUGGAAUGAAUUCUCGAAAAGCGUCCAACCUCGCUGAAGAUAUAAAGCAAGAACCUCUUUAUGAAGUCAAAGAACAAGAAGAUACUAUAAAAGAUGACACUGGCAUCAAAAGAGACACUAGUAUAGUAAAGAAUGAAUGUCCAGAAAAUGGCAUGUCCCUACUGCCUACAGAUUCACCUAAGACAGUAUUUUCUUCGUUCCUCGAUAACUUUGGGAGAGAUGAUUUCGAGGAGAAACUGGCACAGCAUUCUAAAUUGAAUUCAGAACCUACGAUAUUUGGCAAUUGGAACGCUCCAAUAGAUGUCACAGAUGAGCCAGUCGAUAUUAAGGCUACCCAACAGCAAAUCACAAAACUGCUGGGUAAUAAGACUCAUAAUAACCCAGUUCAAAUUGCGUCUCCGGCUCAAGGUGCAGAAGUUUUAAUUGGGCAUACUGCUCAAGGAGUUGAAGUUCAAAGAUCUGAUUCCGAAACCUCAAUGGAAACGAUCAAAAGAUCACCAGGUAAGCAUAUUAGUUCUCCUUUUAAGAUUGUACAAAAAGAACAUUUACCUGAACAACCUCAAACUCCCUCGCGUCCGCCAAAAUCCAAGCAUUCGCAUCUAGACGCGGAAGUUCAGGAAAACUCUAAAUCGACCCCAACUUACAAACAUGGUACUAGUACUUCUUCUUGUGCUUCAGUAUAUUUAGAGAACAAUGAUUUUGUUAAUAAAACCAGAGAUCUUCCUGAUCAGGGCAAAUUCUAUGUCAAAUUAAAAUCAAUCAAAGCCAUUCGAUUAGAUCAAAUUAAGCAUCAUCAAGCAAAAUAUUCGGUUGAGUUUGACAAUGGAAAAGAAGUUGUUGAAACUCCUUGGAAAGAUAUGCCAGAAGGUGGAUCCAUAAAACUUGAUCAAGAAAUAGAGAUAAACAUGGACUCUCCAGAUAUGAAACUUUUCAUUACCUUAAGAAUUCGUUACACAAGUCCCCAAUGUCAAUUAGUUGAAGUUGUUGAAAAGGUACCUAUCAAAAAGAAGUUUAAUUUCGGUAAAACCAAAUACAAACUUGAAAAGAGGUUUGUAAACAAAAAAAUUACGUUUGAUGACUGGGAUUUCAAAUUUGCUAAAGAUGGAUCCUUUGCUCGUUGCCAUGUCGAUGUUGAUAAACGUGUUUUAAGGAAAAUUGAGUAUGAAUGUAAAGAACUAACUUUUGACAUGAUCAACGAGUGGGAAAGACAGUUUGAUCCACAUGCUGCUAAGUCUUAUAAUCAAAAUAAUAUUUGGAAGUUGCCUAGAAAACCAGCUUCAACCGUGUGUUCAUUAGCUGCUGAUAUCCUGUAUAUUCCAAGAACUUCUCCGAUGGAAAGGUUCCCAAAGAACUUAAAAUCUGUCAAGAAAUGCUAUCAAAAAUAUCUUGAACAGCAAAAUAUAUUUAAGGAGGGAUUCCUAUGGCAAGAAGGUGGUGAUGUGGAUGGUAUGUUGAAAAGAAGAUAUAUGGUUCUCAAGGGAACGGAAUUAAUUGCCCAUGAUGAGAAUAGUAGAAAACCGGAAACAUUAUUGAAUCUUUUGAAUGUGGUAGACGUCUACGUUGACGGUAAGACAAUUUCUGGGAAGCAAAUUAGGAAUUUCACUGAUAUGGUUUUGUUCAGUGAUUGUUUCAAGCUUGUUUUUGUUAACGAUGAGGUAAUUAACUUCAACGCUGAUUCGCAAACUUCGAAGCGAGAAUGGGUAGAUGCCCUAAGCCGAGUAAUUGAGCUGAAUAAAUUCCAUCAACCUUGGAUAAAAAGGCUUGUCGAGAAGGAAAAAUAUAAAAUUCAACUUUAG